GAGGAGGGAGAAGGAGGAGGUAAGUUCCGGCCUCCUAUGAGGGUUGCCUUUGUUUGGCUGAACGGGCUCUCUGAGCCAAUGGGAGCGCGCCGGGAGGAGUGGGGCGGGCGGGCGAGCCGAGUGUGUGCGUGUGUGCAGAGCCGAGAUUGCUUCCAGUGGGAAGGGUGUCGGUCUGCUUUUCUGCUGCCAGGUCUCGCUUCGCUCGGAGUGAGGACGGGGCCGACCAUCUCCGGGGCUGCUCGGUGGCUUUCCGUUCACCCGCUUUGUGUCUCUGUUCUUUCUCCCCCCCUCCUCCUCCUCCCUCUCUCCAAUCAACCGCCGCCUCUCCGCGAUGCCGCCCUCGCUGGCCUCCGCGUCUGCUCCCGUGUGGCCUGGCGGCCUCUUUCCGCCGUGGGGUUGAUCCGAAGGAGGAAGAAGAGGAAGCGCGGAGGCCCGAUCGCCUGCUCAUGCAGCAGCCCCAUCGCCGCCGCCGCCCCGCCGUUGGAGUCCCGCCGAGCUGCAUGGACGGGCAUGGGGAGAGCGGCCCCUCUCUGCGCCAUCGCCGCCGCCGCCGCCGCCAGGGCUGAGCAGCAGCAGCAGCAGCGCCGCCCCCCGCCUGCCCUCCUCGUCCUCUUCAGCCUGGGGCUGCUCCUACACACAGGCGAUUGCCAGCUGCAGACGCCGUGUCGAAUCCAGAAGUGCACCACGGACUUUGUGGCGCUAACUUCUCACCUGAACUCUGCCCUUGAUGGCUUUGAUUUGGAAUUCUGCAAAGCCCUGCGUGCCUAUUCCGCCUGCACCUACCGCAACUCCAAAGUCUGCCGUGGGAACCUGGUCUACCAUUCGGCCGUGCUGGGGAUCAGCGAUCUCAUGAGCCAGAGGAACUGCUCCAAAGAUGGCCCGACAUCCUCGACGAACCCUGAAAUCACCCACGACCCGUGUAAUUACAGCGGCCGCCAGGGAGCCGUCGAACUUCGCGGGGGAGGAGAGCAGGCCCCGCCCACGUACUUUUUCUGUGGCCUGUUUGGAGACCCACACCUGCGGACCUUUAAGGAUCACUUUCAGACGUGCAAAGUGGAAGGGGCGUGGCCCCUCAUAGACAACAACUACUUGUCGGUGCAGGUGACAAAUGUGCCCGUGGUCCCCAGAUCCAGCGCCACUGCCACAAAUAAGAUCACCAUCAUCUUCAAAUCUUACCAAGACUGCACUGAUCAGAAAGUGUACCAGGCCGUGACGGACGAUUUGCCUGCCGCGUUUGUCGACGGCACGACCAGCGGUGGGGACGGUGACACCAAGAGCUUGCACAUCGUGGAGCGAGUGAGCGGCAAGUAUGUGGAGAUGCACGCCCGGUACAUUGGGACCACGGUCUUUGUGCGCCAGCUGGGCCGCUACCUAACGCUCGCCAUACGCAUGCCGGAAGAGCUUGCCAUGGCUUAUGAAGAGAGCCAGGACCUACAGCUCUGCGUGAACGGCUGCCCCUCCAGCGAGCGCAUCGACGACAGUGGGCACCUCCCUUUGCCCGUGAUGGGGCAGCUCCCUCUGGGCGCCUCCAGCCAGGCCCGGUCCAUGUACACCUUGGAGAGCGCCACGGCGAAAUGCCACGAGAAGAUGCUUCUGAAGGACAUCUAUUUUUACUCUUGCGUGUUCGAUUUGCUGACCACCGGCGAUGCCAACUUCACGGCAGCUGCCCACAGUGCCUUGCAAGACGUCGAGGCCCUGCACCCCAGGAAGGAGCGGUGGCACAUCUUCCCCGACAACGGGGCGGCUGGCCAAGGGCAGCAGCUUUUGUGUCUUAGUCUUGGACUCCUGUGCUUGAUGCUUGUUGUGUUUUUGUAGGGUUGUGUUGGGUUCCCCCAUCCCCGAGAACAAAGGUUUAAAAAUAUAUAUUGUCAUAAUAUAUUGACUUAAAGAUUAUAUAUAUGUAUAUACCAUGUAUAUGAAGGGAUGCUUCUGCCUUUCCUACCCCCACCCCCUCCUGGGACGCCCAGCGGAUUGUACAUAUUGUGUUAGUUUUUCUUUCCUCAUGUAUGUUGGAUGUAAUUUUUUUUUUUUGAUUGUAAUAAUUUUUUUGCUUUGCAGUUGGUGAAAUGUUUUAUAAUGUCCUUUCAUCAGGACCUGAUAGAAAGCACUUUAUUUUUUAUAUAUUGAAUAUUUAUGUGUAUCUAGGUAAUAUGUAAAGCAUUUAGCCACGUGUACAUAUAUCAUACCCAGUGCUCCCUCUUUAAGUAUUACCUAGCUGAACUCGCGAGCUUCUGCGGUCCUUUCCCCCCCCCUCCUAUCUCUGCUUCACCUUUUGAGGCAUACCCCAAGAAGUUGGCUGGAGGGGGACAAGAUAAGGUGCAGGUCUGGGAUGAGCUAGUUAUUCCUUUUGGACCCUGGGCCAGUAGCCAGCCUGUGUUCCAUAAGAACAAAAAAAAGUCAUUGGAUGUUGAUCUCACAAUUGGAACCUGCCCUUGCUGCAUCAUUCCUGAUGCAGGUGAUUCUCCCCCCCCCCGGUCCUUCUCCUAAGGACUGCUUUCUUGGUGUGUGGUGGGGGAGGCGAUACUUUGUGCUUGGGUAUUGACUCGCCAAGUGCAAAGACCCAUUUCUCGCCUUGGUCACGAAGGGCGCACACGUAGAAAAAGGUGUCUCUAUCUCCUUCCCAAGCGUACGCGUGUGAAACCCAAAACUCGCCGAGGUUUUUGGGGCUCGGUCUCUUUAAUAUAUAUCGAUUAUAUGGAUAUCUUCAAGUGGUUUGUAUUUAGUGUGUUCCCUAUGAUAGUGGUAGGCCUCACUGGGUUAAUCAUGUCUGAUUUCUCUCUCUCUCUCCUUGCCCUCCCUCCAAAAAAAAUGUAGGAACCUUCAGCCUACCUAAAUAAGUUUUUUUUUCAACAACUACAAAAAAAAAAAAAAAAACUCCAAAGCUUUGGGGAUAAACCUUUUAGGAUUCUGACUUAGGUGUUUGUCUUAAAAAGGAGAAAAUAAGGGAACCCCACAGUUUAGUCCGAAAAGCUUGCUGUGCCAGCCUAUAUUUUACAUUUGGAGCCUGAGCAGCCUAAGGCAACAGGAACUUUUGCUCAGAGGUGGUCUGGUCCUCAUUUCCUUAUUUAUUUAUUUUUUUGCAACUUGCUAAACUGCAGUAGCUUCUUCUGUUACAAAAUUCAGACACCGAAAGAGAACUUUGAGACAUCUUUAAAUAUCUGGCCGAUUUACCAGAUUGGUGAUGCAUGCGGUAACCCACAAAGCUGCAGUCCACCUUGGACAUGUCUGGAUUCUACCUCCCACCAUUCCUGACAUCGGCCAUGCUGGCGGAAGUGGAUGACGUAACACCUGGAGAACCGCAGCUUUUCUGUCUCGGGGUGCAGCUAUGAAAGUGUACACUGUGUUAAGUCUUUGAGGUGCCCCAAGAUCAUUGCUUUUAGACGGCGCAGGCAGUCAUAAACACAUUUCAUGUUUAUAAUGGCUCACUUGUUUUGAGGCUCCAUUCCCGCUCCCGUGUUUUGCCAGAGGACCCUGUGGCAUAUUGCAGCUGCAGUUGGGUCUACACCCAGCUCUUUUUCAAAAGGCUGUCUGCCAACUGAGUCAUGUCCCCCCCCCAAAAAUGCUCUCUUAAUUAUCCUGGGGAUGAGGAAGCUAAGAGUGCUUCUCCCUCUCCCUCUCCCUUAUUACCUAAGAAAGCCCACUGGGACACUUGGGAGAAUCUUUGAGGUCUAGGUUGGCAUCUAGGCGGGUAGCAAAACUCGUGUAGGAUCAAAGUGUCCACCUCGUUCCGGAUUUAGUGAGCAGAGGGGUAGCUGGAAUUGCUAAGUAAAGUAAGGUACGGAGCUAGGGCUUAGCUGAAACUUCUCAAAAUAUCACCCCCCCCAAAAAAAAGUAACCACCUGAACUAUUGAAAUUUUUUGCUUUCUGGAUAAUAUUUGGCAAAAGGAACUGGUCCUAGAUGAACAUGAAGAAUUUUGCCCAGGCCAUUUUAACUGGAGUACCUCAUCCACCUGUUUCUGACUUUUGGGGUCCAGGGCCACUUGUCUCGGGGCAAGAUCUCCUGCCUGAAACGCAGAUGGCAACGACAAAGGGAUGAGAGUUGUAGUCAGCAACACUGGGAGGCAGCCAUGUUGACUAGCCUUGGGUUAGCCCAGGGGAUACAUGUGUGGAUUGCUUAGUUGUGACGAGGCUAAAGGGCAUUUGUUCAGCAGAACCUACUGCUGUGAACCUACUGACACCCUUGGACAAGGUGCUUCUUUUUAGAAUUGCCUCAAAUCUAAAAUGUGGCCAUAGUAAUAUUGGCCUGCAUUGCAGGGCCAGUUCAGGAAGUAAGAAGUACUGAAAUAAAGCCAAACAAAAGCUUCAUAAUAUUGGUUUCCUUUGUGGGAAUCCUGAUCAGUUUUGGGAGAAGAAUAUUCACAUCCUUUAAAAAAAAAAUUGUGGAAAAAGUUGGAAAUGCUUUUGGAAAAGUUCCUAAGCGAGGUGAAAAUGCUGGCUACUGUGUAAAUGAAUUGGGAGUAUAGCGCUGAAUUUGCCGCUUAGUCCUUUCCCCACUGCCAGAAUGGUUUUAAAAUGGCAGUGUUAAGCUGUCCUUUUUUUGUUGGUUAGGGCAGCACAGAAUUUGAAGCAUAACCUCCCCCCCCCCUCCCCUGAAUCUUGUCUAGAGAGAAGCAUUGAUGGUCUUAGAAUAGGUGGAUUUUCCUGGUUUUUUUGUGUGCCAAGUGGAAAAGGUAUUUGUGGAAGAAGCCCGAUAUAGACAAGCUUAGAGGUGUAACUGCCGUGUGAGCCCAUCGUAAAAGAGCAGCUGUGUGCUAGCUAAUUUCCUGUGUUCCCAAGCCCCACGAGUAUCUGUGUACACUAAUAUCUAAAUCAUAAAGUCCAGAGAUAAGUAAUAUUUCGGAAAUGUUAGAACCUGGAGUGUGUGGGAUUUUUUUUCUUUUCUUUUUCUUUCUUUCUUGUUCCUGCUGUGGGAUUUCUUGAGAAAAUGUUAUUUGCACAUGUUGGCUCUCCAAGUCCAUCACAGUCAAGAGAGCUUUGGUUAAUGCCAAACAUAUGGAUAGUUUGAAGCGAGCGAGUGGUGUCUGGGGACAGCUUGCGCUUAGAAGGAACACUAGUUUUCACAGACACUCCAAAUGGCUGGCUGUCUCUCGCUCCCUGAAGGCUUCAAACCUAUUUUUAUGCUUGAAAGAAGGGGGGAAAGGAAAGAAAGAAAGAAGGGAAGAAAAAACCCACAGUGUGCCCAGUCUUUGCAAAGCCCCCUUUAGAUGUGGUUCAUGGAUAUACGAAUAAGUAUACAUUUGUGUAAAAACAAAAACAAAAAGUGACCAUGCAGUGUACAAAUACUUUUAAAUUAUUAUGAUAGAAUAAAGCUACAUACCAUGUUGUGAAA